AUGGCGCCUGUGGUGAGUGCUGCACUGGGCGCAUUGGGCCCCGUGCUGGUGAAGCUCACCACGUUGCUCACCGAUGAGUGUUACCGCCUGAAAGGGGUCCGGCGUGAGAUCCGCUCCCUCAGAUCAGAGCUGACCAGCAUGCAUGCUGCGCUCCAGAGUUACAGCAUGCUAGAAGAUCCCAGUGUCCAAGUGAAGGCAUGGAUAUCGGUGGUGAGGGAGCUGGCCUACGAGUACGACACCGAGGAUUGGAUCGACAGGUUCAUUCAUCGCCUCGGCCUUGGCGGGCAACAGGGCGGCAUCAACGAGUUCUUCCGCGGCACUGUUCGCCGUCUAAAGACACCUCGAUCUCGGCGCCGAGUAGCCAACCAAAUUGGCAAUCUGAAGGCUCGUGUCAUGGAAGUGCAAGAGCAGAAGAAUCGUUACAAGCUGGAUGAUAUUCCUCGUGCCACCUCUGGCCAUGUUGCUGUGGAUCCUCUGCUGUCUGCUCUUUUUGCCGAGGAGGCACACCUUGUGGGUGUUGAAGGUCCCAGAGAUGAUCUUGCCAGGUGGAUGGGGGAAGAAGGAAACGGCUCGACCGAGCAUCAUCGCAGGGCGCUGUCUAUUGUUGGGUUUGGAGGACUGGGAAAGACAACACUGGCGAAUGAGGUACAUCGCAAGAUUCGGGGCCAUUUUCGUUGUCGUGCUUUUGUAUCAGUCUCGCAAAAUCCAGAUGCAAAGAAGAUUAUCAAGGAUGUCAUCUCCCAAGUGAUCUCUCAAGUAACUUGCCAGGAUGGUUUCACAGAAGAUAUCAACAUUUGGGAUGAAAACAAAUCCAUAGCAAAGCUAAGAGAACUGCUACAAGAUAAGAGCUAUCUCGUCAUCAUUGAUGAUAUAUGGUCUAUACCGGCAUGGGAUGCUAUUAAGUUUGCUUUUCCAGAGAAUAAAUGUUCUAGCAAAAUUAUAGCUACUACACUCAUUGUCAAUGUGGCAAGGUCAUGUUGCUCAGGUGGUGAUGACCGCAUCUAUCAAAUGGAACCUCUGAGUGAUAUUCACUCCAAAUAUUUGUUUUCUGCAAGAAUAUUUGGUUCUUGGAACUGCUGCCCUGAUAUGUUCAAGGAAAUCUCAAAUGAAAUUUUGAAGAAGUGUGGAGGGCUUCCAUUGGCAAUUAUCAGUGUAUCUAGUUUGUUGGCAAACAGAGCAACUGUCAAAGAAGAGUGGGAGAGAGUAAAAAGGUCUAUUGGUUCUGCACCGGAGAGAGGCAAGAGUUUGGAGGGAAUGAAUAGCAUAUUGUCCCUUAGUUACAGUGAUCUCCCACCAAAUCUCAAGACUUGCUUGCUGUAUUUGAGUCACUUUCCUGAGGACUCUGUGAUUGAGAGAGAACGGUUAGUGAGGCGAUGGAUAGCAGAAGGCUUUAUCUCUGAAGAGCGUGGACAGAGCCAGCAAGAGGUUGCGGAGAGCUGUUUUUACGAGCUUAUCAACAAAAGCAUGGUCCAACCGGUGGACGUUGGCUAUGAUGGUAAGGCUCGUGGAUGUCGAGUCCAUGACAUGAUGCUCGAACUCCUCCUAUCAAAAUCCAUGGAAGAGAAUUUCAUCGCUGUGGUAAACGGUGGGCAAACAGUCUGGGAAAAUUCCCAUUGUUACAUUCGGCGACUCUCGAUACAGCAUACUGAUCAUGAGCUUGCAUCUAUGUUGACAAAUAAAGAUCUGCGCCAUGUUCGUUCGUUCACAGUAACAUGCUCAGGUUGCCUCGAACAUUUGCCUAGUCUUGAUGAGUUUGAAACUCUGCGUGUACUGGAUUUUGAAGGAUGCAACAGUUUGGAAGGGUAUGAUAUAAACGGUAUGACAUGGAUAUCAAAGCUACCACCAGAGGUUGUGAUGCUACAUGAGCUAGAGACACUAGAUAUCAGGGAUACAUAUAUACAAGAGUUGCCUGCUGGAAUUGCUCGACUAGUUAAACUACAGCAUCUACUCGCUACCAGACAUACUAUUCAUGGGAAAAUAAGGAUACCAAAUGGAAUUGGAAAUAUGAGGAACUUAAGAAAGAUCUCAGGGUUUAAUGUGACCAUGAGUUCAGUUAGUGCAGUGGAGGAGCUGGGGAACCUGACAAGUUUGGAUCAACUCCAUGUAGCGCUGAAUAAUGGAGGAUUGGAUCAUUACAAGAGACAUGAAGAGGCGUUACUCUCCACACUACGCAAGCUUGGCACCUGCAAACUCCAGACUCUAUGGAUAUACAGUGAUAAUGCAACUCCCCUCGAGUUCUUAGAUUCUUGGUGCCCUCUACCAUCUUCCCUCCAAAGAUUCCAGAUGAGCACCUACUACUAUUAUUUUUCAAGAACUCCGACAUGGAUCACGCAAGCACUCGCCAGUCUAGCUUUUCUAGACAUCAGUUUAACUCAAGUAACAGAGGAGGACCUGCGCAUCCUUGGGAAGCUGCAUGCUCUGCUUUUUAAAAAAAAAGGACUAUGGCUGGAAUCAGACCCAAAGGAAAGGAUCACAAUCCAAGGAUUUUCAUGUCUGAGGGAGUUUGUCCUAGUUUGCAGAGAACGUACAGGCCAGGCGUAUGUUACGUUCGUGAAAGGGGCUAUGCCGAAGCUUGAGAAGCUCAGGCUGCCAUUCCAUGUGUCGAUGGCGACAACCUGUGGCUUCUACUUUGGCAUCGAGCAUCUCCCAUGUCUGAGAGAUGUAGUGGUAUAUCUCUACAAGGAGGGUGCUGGAUACUCUGAAAUCAGGGCUGCGGCAGCUGUAAUCAGGAAUGAAGCACCAACCCUCCCAGAGAUUAUCAUCUGUUGCUCGCUUUCCUGUAACGUCAUCCUGUACGGCCACGGCAUCGAGGGGCUUGGUUUCUUCCAUCUUGAGGUCCCAGAUCUUCCCCCGCCCACCCCCUCCCUUCAGGCGAUCGUUACGGUGGUCGACGGGGUGGCAUCCCCGGAGAUGAUUGAGGCCGAGCUCAACCACCUCUACCGUCGCCAGUGGGACUGGGCGGUCACUCCCACGGCCGGCCACAUCUUCACCGUGAUCUUCCCCGACACCGUCAGUUACGGCUACGCCACUUGUAGUGGCCGGAUCACCCUCGCCCUCAACCAGCUUGUCGUCGACAUCACCGAGCCGGUCCUCGACGCCCCUGCGGUGGCUGUUCUGGAUACCGCCUGGCUCCUUGUGGGUGGUCUCCCCGACAUCGCCCGGUCAGAGCUCGUCAUCCGCCAGAUGUCCAGGACUCUCCCUCCGCAAGGAGGAGGAGGUCCGGGUCAAGGUCAAGUGCUUAGACUCCUCCAAGCUCCACGUCACCGUCCGUGUUUUCUUCAACGACCAGGGCUACGACCUCCGCAUCGCCCCCGAGCUCCCCAACCACGUCGGUCGCCCCCGCUUCACCGACGAUGGGCCUCCUGGCGGCAACCCGGGGCCGGUGGGGACUACCACGGCCGACACCGCCCCCGCUCCCGCCGGUCGGAGGACGGGGAGGGUUCGGAUGACUCGCCCUCCCGGUCGCAGUCCCGAUCACCUUCGCCUCCGGCCGAUGGGGGGCAUGGGCGCCAGGCCGUGCCGGGUCCCCUCCUCGGUCCGGUGGCCGAGUCCCCUGCCGCCAGCGAUGCCUCCAGCGUGGGCUUGGUCGUCUGCCCCGCCUCCUCACCACGCUCCCCUGUCUCCACCGCUCCAGACGGGCCGGUCCUGGACAUGGUUCUCCUCCCUACAGGGUCGGUGAUCCAGGACCCGCCCUCACCGCUCGCCGGGGGCGUGGUGGCCGCCCCUGCUCCCUCCCCCGGCGCCGCUCCCGACGUCGCCCCGUCGGCCGCCCUGCCGCCUCCGGCCGCGGCCCCCCUGCUGUCCCCGGCCCCGCCUAUGGCCCGGACGGCUCUCGUCACCGACUCUGCUCCACCACCAUCAUCCCCGACACCGAUGCCAUCGCCGUCUUCCACUCCGACCCCGGCUCUUCAGCUACUCCCCGCUGCGGUCUCUGGCCUGGACGGGGAGUCCCAGGUGACCACCCCCCUGGCUGCCCCGCCUCCGCCUCCACGCGUCGUGGCCUUCCCUCGGCGCGCCGGUUCGGCCUCCUCUCCGGCGACUGCUUCUCGCCGGAGUGCUCGGUUGGACGCGGCGCGCCCGGAGGAUUGCCCGGCGCUACCCAUCCGCGAGCGGGCAGAGCUUCGUGCCGCUGCACGGAACCUGGAGCCAGGUACCCCUUCAGUCCCCCCCUCGGCAGCUACUUGUUCCUUCUCUGCUCUCGAGUCGGUGCCGCUUGGAAACCUUGUGAAGAUCGCCACCGACUCCGCGAUCAUCUUUAGGGGGGAGGUCGGCCCCCCCUUAGCCCAGAUCGAGGCCAUUAGGGCCCGCGAGAUCCUCGACGGGAGGCUGGCUGCGGCUAGAGCAGCCCUACUCUUGCCCCCCGACUCGUCGUCCGAGUCGGCGGAACUUAUGCCGCCCCCUCCUCGGAGGAUUGGUGGAAUUCCCCCCUGA